AUGAAUGACAGCAGGAAGACCGCAGCUACACCCUCCGACAAGUUCAGCUGUUUUUUCCAGACGGAUGCUUCCAAGCCCAAACCCAAGGCUCCUCGGCCCAGGCCCAAGGUCGACAAGCUCGCCGAGCCCAAGACCGCGAGGGCCAGCAAAACGCCUCUCAAGGCCAAAAGUCCUGUGGUGAUUGAAGACUCGGAUGGUUCUGUGGAUGAAGAGGCGAUGGAAUCGCAGGCUGUCACGCCUGUCAGACGCCUGAUCCGCACCAAGCGUGCUGCAACACAGGACUUCACGCCUGCGACCAAACGGCUCAAGAGCAUUGAGCUCCUGGUAGAGUCUACAUUCGAUGAUGAGCCGGCAGGUGAAGCGAGCCCUGAUCUCACUACUCGUAGCCCUGCGCCCCAGUGCCAUGCGGUUGCUUGUCGAGAGUGUAUCGAGAAGUGGAGGACUAACCCAUCGUGGGUUUGCGAGAUGGCCGAGUCUGGCAAGAGGCCUUGUCUUAGUUGUGAGGCUGAUGGGGUCGAAUGCUCAGACGAUAUGCUUGAGGAAUCUCGCACAGACGUCCAGAGAGUCCAUGAGAUGGCGCACCGCCAUCGACUGGGUCUUGCAGUGAACCCAGAAGAGUGGCGCACCGGUCUCAGCGGUGUGCUAUCAAGCCUCCAGACGUUCAACGCCUGGCAACGAGCAAGGGCGGCCUCUCUGCAAGUGAAGAGGGUGGCCGCAGAGGUGGAGCGCCACAUGAGAGAGGAGAGGGCUGAGAAUAAAGCUCUCAAGGAGGCUCUGGAGGAGGAGAAGUGCUUGAGGGAGAAGCUUGAGGGGCAGGUUAAAGCUAUGCAGGCCCAGAUUAACGGCCUGCGGGGUGCUAAAGAUGGGGAGGAUGAGGAUGGUUGGGAGGAUGAGGUUGAUGAUGAAGAUGCUGAGGAGGGUGAUGUUGGUGAGGAUCAGAAUGAUGAUAGUGAGGGGUAG